AUAGUCUCCACGGCCAUUUUGUCGGAGAAGCCGCAGCGCCGCCUCUUCUUUCGCGUCCUCGCAGCCGUCUCCGCCGCCUCUGCCUCCGCCUCCUCCUGGCUUCCGCCGCCGCUCCAGCCGCAUCCCAGUCCCGGGGCGAAGCGUUUUCUUAUUUUCCUUCUCUCGCCACUACAGCCUCUUGACACGGCGAUCCGGGCGGGCCCCGCAGGAAUUUUAUCCCCUCACCGGCCUCACACUAGUAUCGCAUGUCCACUAUCCAGAACCUCCAAUCUUUCGACCCCUUUGCUGAUGCAACUAAGGGUGACGACUUACUCCCGGCAGGGACUGAGGAUUACAUUCAUAUAAGAAUCCAGCAACGGAACGGCAGGAAGACGCUGACUACUGUUCAGGGCAUUGCAGAUGAUUAUGACAAAAAGAAACUUGUGAAAGCUUUCAAAAAGAAAUUUGCCUGUAAUGGCACUGUGAUUGAACACCCCGAGUACGGAGAGGUUAUUCAGCUUCAAGGUGACCAAAGAAAAAACAUCUGCCAGUUUCUGUUGGAGGUUGGCAUCGUCAAGGAGGAACAGCUUAAGGUUCAUGGAUUCUAAGAUGACCCCAAACACGUGGAGGAUUUCUUGAGUAAUUUUAUUUGCUAAAUCUAGUCUGGCUACCUUGUGAAAUGAUGCUCUGCAGAAACUGGACUUUUCCUUUAUUUAACCGCUCCCACUCCCCUCCGCAUGACGACAGAGAGCCCGGGGUGCGCAGGCCGGCCACACACGAGGAGCCCGCCGUGAGGUGGUAGCGAAGCCCCACGCUCAUCUUAACAUGUUUCCAAUGGAAAAUACUUUGUUCUGGGUGUUUGUUUGUUUAUUGUUCGGUUCAUUACUUUUCACUUGAUGAAAUUUUUGUUGUAUUAAACCAUGUAUGUUGCAGCUUAACAAUAAAAAAGUCUAUGAAUUCUA